AUGACUGACGCUUUGGUCAGCAACAGGUUGGUUGAGGAGGCAGAGCAGUUGGUCGGUGAUUGGAAAGAACUGGUUCCACCGAAUACUGUCAUCUAUAGUACGCUCAUUCAUGGCUGGGCUAAGCAAAACGAUGCCAACAGGGCCCGCAGCAUUUUUGCGCUAAUGAGAGACGAGAACGUCCUCUGUAAUGCAGUCACUUUUAACUGCCUCAUCCACGCCUGUGUUCGAGUAGGGGAUAUGCAAGGGGCGUUGGAGCUACUCGAUGCGAUGAAGUUACAGGCGGCUGCGAAUGCUGAUGUGGUGGGCUCCCAAGACUCGGACCACGCUGGUGGUUUGUUGGUGCCGCUGCCAGAUAAGUUCACUUACAGUACAAUCAUCAAAGGAUACUGUGCUAGAGGAGAAAUGGAGCAAUCAUUGCAGAUGUUUGAUACAAUGCUCGGUGAUGGGCUACAGCCAGAUUUGGUAAUCUAUAAUACCCUGCUGGACGGGUGUGUUAAACGAAGGUAUCACGGUACGUGUGAGAGGCUUUUGGACGAUAUGACCAACUACUGGAAAAUUCAGCCGAAUAGUUAUACACUUUCCAUCCUCAUCAAACACUACGGUCGCCAGGGAGAUCUUGAACGCGCUUUUAAUUUGGUGGAGGAGUUGCCAGCCAAGCACGGGUUUGAGGCCAACGCUCACGUCUGGACCUGCCUGAUUUCGGCCUGCAUCACCCAUGGGGAGAUGGAGACGGCUCAAGCUAUAUUCGAUGUUAUGCGCAAAGUGAAGCCCUCGAGGAGGCAGGAGACCAACGGCCAACAAUCGACUACGACCACCGGUGGAGGCUCCGAUGGUGUGAACGCGUCUCUCGCUACGCCCGCUAUUCUGCGUAUGGCGGCUAAAUGUGCUCCGGAUGCGAAGGCAUACGAAACGCAGAUCCAUGGUUGGAUUAAAUACAACAGACAGGACAAAGUGAAGGAGCUGACGGAGGAUUUGGAGCGCAAGUUUGGUAUGCCCACGUAUUCGCGUAAUCAUCAUCAUCAUCGAGGUUCGUCCCGUCGUCGGUAAUUCGAAACACAACUAUAGUUAUGUAGUUAGAUGGGUGACGCUGGUGGGAGCUGAAUAAUGUAGACCGACUCGGUUGAAGAAGUUGGCACGACUACCACCACUUAGACACUAUCAUCUUAAUCAUCAUCAUCAUCGUAGUUAUCUUUCUGAUAGUAUCACUGAGCAACGGCGGUCGGGGAAGCCCUCACUGUUGAUCAUCGUUUGGUCGUAAUUAGACACUUCUCAUUUUCACAACUUUGCAUGGUAGUUACUUCUUACUAUUCUCAUAACUAGUACAACUCAUUUGAAGCACAAUCGCCAGUGUUGAAGUAUUGUAGCACACAUACGUCGCCUCCGCCGGAUUGGUGAUUUUGAUUUGCUUGUUGUUGAAUCAUCACCGUAUUAGUAUUUAAGUGUAUCCCUUCUGGGAUGGAAGGAAAAGC